AUGCUCGGAGUCCUCUUUGCUGUGUUCACUCUGGUUGCUGCAGCCUUUGGCUGCGGGGAUCCUGCCUACCCACCUGCUGUGUCUAGAGUUGUUGGAGGGCAAGAUGCGAGGCCAUACAGCUGGCCCUGGCAGGCCUCCCUCCAAUACACUUCAGGUGGCCAAUGGUAUCACACCUGUGGAGGAACCCUCAUUGCAACCAACUGGGUGCUGACAGCUGCACACUGCAUCAGUUCUUCUAGGACAUAUCGAGUAUUUCUUGGAAAAUACAACCUAAAAACUGCGGAAGCAGGAUCGAUUGCAGUUUCUCCAGAAAAAAUCAUUGUCCAUGAGAAAUGGAAUUCAAACAAAAUUGCAAACGGGUACGACAUCGCUUUGAUCAAACUCAAUCGACACGUCACCCUAAGUGAACACAUUGGGCUGGCCUGCCUCCCCCGCGCAGGAACCAUCCUGCCAUCCAACACUGCCUGCUACGUGACGGGAUGGGGAAGACUGCAGACAAAUGGAGCUGCUGCAGAUGACCUGCAACAAGGCCUCUUGCUGGUGGUGGAUUAUGCAACUUGUUCCCAGCUCACCUGGUGGGGCAGCUCAGUGAAAACCUCCAUGAUUUGCGCUGGUGGGGAUGGAAUCACCUCCAGUUGUAAUGGGGACUCUGGUGGCCCGCUGAACUGCCAAGGCGCUAACGGCAGCUGGGAAGUGCACGGGAUCGUCAGCUUUGGCUCUAGUCUUGGCUGCAACUAUUAUCGCAAGCCUUCUGUCUUCACUCGGGUCUCUGCCUUCAACAGCUGGAUCCAGCAGGCAAGCGAAGCAGAACUGUACUGUGAGAACUGCCAGUGCAAGAAGGAGAACAUCUCCAUCUGUAGAUUUUACAUCAUUGACAUGAGACAAAGAUUAAAUAGCACAGGGGACACCGAAGCCUGCCAGGUGCUAUCCAGAGCAAUCUCUGAACUGCUGGGGCGUUUCAGCAGUCCCCACAAAGACCUCAAAGCUGUGAGAUACAAUCCUGACUGGACAGACAUAGUAGCUUUUAAACUCAUCCUUCGAAUAAGAGAAGCCUUGCUUCAAGCUCAUUUAAUGCCAGCAUCUACAAGCCUUCAAACAACAUUGCAUCAAUUUUUUGCCAUUCUGAACUAUGCCAUCUUCUCAUCAGAGAGCGUACAUAAGUGCUGGAUGGAUAACGUCAAUCUAUCACUUCACUUCACCCACUAUGAAAGAAUCUCUUUUUUCAUCCCAUUCCUGGGCUCAGAGGAACUUGUGUCCAUUGAAGCCUUGGUCAAGGAACUGCACUAUGUACAGAGCUGCCUGCUGCAGAGGGGGCAGGAAAAGCUCAUCAAGAAAUCUAAAGAAAUCCUAUCCACAACGAGCCUUAAGGUGACCAUCUUUUUCUCAGACAUCGUAGGGUUCACAAGCAUUGCUGCCUCCUGUGCUCCCUUGCAAGUUGCUGAGAUGCUCAACAAUCUGUACAUCUGCUUUGACAGCAGGAUCGAGUCUUACGAUGUUUACAAGGUGGAAACCAUUGGUGAUGCCUACAUGGUAGCGAGCAGCCUGCCAGAGAGGAAUGGCACCAAACACGCGGACGAGAUUGCCAAAAUGUCCCUGGAUCUGGUGGCAGCAGUUCCUCAGGUUGUGAUCCCUCACAUGCCAAUGGGCAGGCUGGAGCUGCGAGCGGGGAUACACACAGGACCCUGUGUAGCUGGAGUCGUGGGGUACAAAAUGCCUCGUUAUUGCCUUUUUGGGGACACUGUAAACACAGCCUCCCGCAUGGAGUCCACCGGCUUGCGUAAGUGA